AUGACGGCGACAAGAUUAUUGGGAAUUCAAAAACCCAAACCAAAAGCCUCAAUAUUCUUCGAUGUUGUUGAUUUUUACCUGCAUUUGCUUCGUUUUCUUAUUCCUUUCUCUCUUUCAUCUUGCCUGGUUUCUUUCCGGCCUAAAUAUUGGCAACUGAAUUCUUCCGCUUCUUAUUUUUUGCCCCUUUUUGAUGUCGAUAUACUUGUUCACAUACGACAGGUGGAGUACCGCCUUGUCUGUCCCAUUUUGGCGAGGUUUCUAAAGAGGUUCAACGAUGCUAGGAGGUCAAGGGUGAAGGAAGAGCACCAGCACAAAGAUACCUUGCCCGAUGACUAUGGAUGCAGAUAUGGAGCACGACUCCAACGCAGGCAUAGUUUUUGCGCGAGUGGCUACAUUGUAUUUAUUCUUUUGAUCUGGAUCGAGCUCUCGUGGGGACAAGGGGACUGGCCGGACUGGCGUUGCUUUCUGGCUGGUUGUAAGUUGGUUGGUUUGGCGCUGGAUGAUGACUGGGAGGUAGAUGAUAGGUACGAUUGCAAGGCGGUGAAGAUGCCAUACGAUAGGAUUAGGAAUGAACGUGAGAUAUUUAAACGUCGUUUCUUGCAAUGUGAAGUUGGUGUGACAUUGGGUGACCCUGCCCGUAGAAACGCUCAUCUGGAUCCUAAUGCUUGUCUACGCCAUCAACAAUGUCUCCAUCAGCAAACACCCGCAGAACCACCCACAUGUCCAUUCCGCACUGCUCCUCUUGCCGUCUGUGCUGCUUCUCGAAACGAACUCAAGCCCGGACCUGCAGAAUUUUUGACAGCUCCAACCGUCUGUGCGGAUCAAAUGACUAUUGUUCCAUGA